UUUGCGCGCCCCGCAUUUGGCAAUGCACCUGUUUUUCUGGCACACCUGGUUGUGCAAGGCGAGCGUCGAAGAGGCGUUGAGCAGCGAAAGCCGACACACCCACAGGGCGCGCCUGGAGCCCGAGCUCAGACCCUCCCACCAGCGGGAGGCGGCCGGGCACCGGGACGCGGCAGUGCCCUGGGCCUUCCCGCACAGCCCCUCGCCUCUUGCACUGGGCUCGCCCCAGCCACGGCCUCCCGCAGCGUCCGGGGCAGGGGCGAGGCCCCAGGGAGCAGCGGGGCUGCCAUGGCAGAGCCGGAGGCCCCGGCCGAGGACCUGGACGCCCUCAUCGACGACCUGGACUACCUGCCCGGCCACUUCCACCUGGAGAUGCAGCUGAACUUCGAGCCGCGCUCGCCGGCCUCGCUCCGCGCCCGGGACCUGAAGCUGCAGCGGGACGGCCUUCGGCAGGAGCUCGAGCUGGCGGCCGCCCGGCAGCGCCCCGCCGUGCGCCACCUUCUGGGCGCCUUCGCCUUCUACCUGGAGGAGCUGGACGAGGCGCGCGAGCGCUUCCUCGAGGUGGCCCGCGAGGACCCGGACAACCUCAACGCCUGGGCCAACCUGGUGCACGUGUACGCGCGGCUGGGCCAGGAGGAGGAGGAGGAGGCGUGCGCAGGGCGGCUGGCCGGCCUCAUGGGCCUGGAGGCCGAGCGCCCGGCGGCCGGGGACCCCCAGCUCCGAGCCGCGCGCUGCCUGGCCGAGCAGGGCUACGCGCACGGCUUCGACGUGGGCUGCGCCAGCGCGGAGGAGCGAGCGCGGGUACUGGCCGCUGGCAUCGCACUCUACGACAAGGCACUGGGCUACGGGCAGCAGAUCCCAGCGGAGGAGAAAAGGGGCUGGUACUUCACCAUGGCCACGCUCUUCAUCAGGCUAGAUGGCGUCUACCUGGAGCUGGGCAGCGAGGAGCAGAAGAGGCUGCCUGCCUUCAACCGCACGCUGGCCCUGCUCCGGCAAGUGCUCAAGUCCUCCGACCCCCACCACCAAGCUCUGGCCUGGUGCUACCUCGGGAUGUUGCUAGAGAGGAAGGACACCUUCUCCACCACCCCCAUGGGCGUCCAUGACUGCGGGUACUCAGGAACGGACCCCCUGGACUGCUUUGGAAAGGCCAUUGAGCUAGCCAAGGACCAACCCCCCAUCCUGAACCGCCUGGCCAAAAUCUUCCACUUCCUAGGAAAGCAGGAUAUGGCCAUUGGAACCUGCAACAUGGCUCUAGAUGUCCUACGGGAUCCGGAGCUCAACUGGCAGGCAUACUGCACAAGGGCCAAGAUCCACCUCAGAGCCUACCUGCACGACCUGGAGAGAGCCAAGAUGGGGCUCGGGGGCAUGCCUGACCGGAACCACCUGGCCUGCGCCAAGGCCGACCUGGAGGAAGUGGUCAGGGUGUGCCCAGGCCUCAAGACCUACCUGGACAUUGGCCAGGUCUACUACUACAUGGGCGUGGACGCAGUGCAGGAGCUGCUGGCGGUGGACGAGGCGGCGCUGAACCAGGCGCUGGUCUUCCUGGCCUUGGCCGGCGAGUCGGAGCUGGGCGCCACGCUCCCCGAGCUGCAGCUGCUGCGCGGCAAGUGCCUGCGCAUCAAGGGCGAGGACGCCAACGCUGCGGCCUGCUUCAAGCGCGCCGUGGAGCUGGACGACGCGGGCUCCAGCCACACCGAGAGCUUCGGCUGCCUGCUGGAGGCGCUGCUGGCCCAGUGGAGCCAGGCGCAGCUGAGCGACGCCGAGCUGGGCCGCGAGGUGGACGCGUGGCUGCGCCGCGCCCAGGGCAAGUACCCCGCGGCGCGCCUGCGCCAGGAGCUGCAGCGCGUGUGGCGCGGCCACACGGGUGAGGUGCUGGGGCUGGCCCGGGCCUUGGUGGCCCAGGGCCGGCCGGCGCUGGUGCGACUGCUCUUCGAGACCAUGGAGCGGGACGGCGACGGCACGGGCAUACCGCGGAGCCGCCGCGCCUUCUCCCUCUAAACGGCGUCGAGGCCCCGCCCCGCUGAGGGCCCAUCUCCAGCUGAUUGGGCCGAAUCUAGGCGCUCAAAACGGGCCCGCCCUGCCAUAGGCUGGCUGCUGAGCAGAACCAAUUAGAUUCUCUUCCGGAAAUUGGGAGAGGCGUUGAGCAACCAGGGUGGUCCGGCCUGCCCGGCGAGGACGGGGGCGUGAUUAAGGACCGCAGGGGAAGUAGGGCAGACGCGAGAAGCCCCUGGGAAAUGGCCUAGUGAAGCACUGAAUUGUACAAAUAUGCAGAAAAAACAAGAUGGAUGCAAGAUACAGAAGGGAUAGACCAGCCACCCCUGCACUGCUUCUCAUGUCUCCAAUGACCCAUGGAGGACAGACUGAGAAGUGCCGUCCUUAGAGAUCACGCACUCCAAUCUCAUGUGUAGAUGACAAUACUGACAGCUCUGGAAGGGAGGUGGCUUGCCCAAAGUCACACCUCCUAGCCUCCCACCCCUGUACUUCAAACACUGACAGCAUGAUUCAGGUAUAGGAAAAUACCAAUAAACUGAUUAACACUAAA